AUGACGUCAUUCCCGUCUCUCGAGGCCGUUUUUUCGACAGUAGCGAUUCCGCCAUAUUUCCUCCCGUGGCUGCUUGAAUCCAUCGCCGCCGUCGCUCUCGCCGUCUCGCAGCUGCCGCCGCUCGUGUGGUGGCUGCUGCUCGCGGCGCUCGUUGCGCUGCUGCUGGCGUUUCUCUACAAUUGGUUCGACCUGCACGUGGUCAGCCACUUGUUCGUCGGCGAUAGGGUGAAGGUGGUGCACCACGCCGGGUCCAACGUGGCGCGCGCCGUGUUCGCGCGAAUGCGCAUUCCGCACUUCUGGCCAACGCCGUGGCUGUGCAGUCCGCACCUGCAGACCACCUUUGUGCACUUCCUCGCGCCCACGCCCGACGUGCCCUACAUCAGGCAUGUGGUGCGCACCCCUGAUGGUGGCACCCUCGGGCUCGACUGGGCUGAGCCUGCAGCAGCAGCUCCUGCAGAUGGUGGGGAGAAGGGCGGCCAAGGGAAGGGUGCAGGGGCGGCUGGAAUGGAGGGGAGUGGAGAGGCACAGGUGGCAGGAGGGAGGGCGGAGCGGACAUCGCAGGUGCCGAUUGUGAUUGUGGUGCCGGGACUUACCAGCCAGUCCAGUGACAAGGUGAGGGGUGGGGUGGUGUGGUGUGGGGUUGGGUGGGAUAGAUUGUGGGGUGGGCGCUGGUGGGGAGAGGGGUGGCCAAGCGAAGGGUGCAGGGGCGGUGGGAAAGGCGGAGAGGCGAAGGUGGCGAGAGGGAGGGCGGAGCGGACGUCGCAGGUGCCCAUUUUCGUUGUGGUGCCGGGGCUUACCAGUCAGUCCAGUGACAAGUACAUGCGGCAGUGUGUGGCGGGCGUCACACGGCACGGGUGGAGAGCACUGGUGCCUAAUCAUCGAGGCCUGGGGGGCGUCACCAUCACUUCAAACCGGUUCUACAAUGCGGGCUGGACCACGGACCUGCGGUUUGUCAUCAGCCUGGUGCAACAAGAUUACCCCCACGCGCCCCUCUACGCGAUUGGCACGUCCCUGGGGGCGAACAUCCUGGUGAAGUAUCUCGGGGAGGAGGGUGCGUCGGGGCCCAUUCAAGCUGCUGUCAGCAUCGGCAAUCCCUGGGACCUGCUGAUUUGUGAUCGAUGGAUGAAUCGGCGCACGAGGCAGCGCGUUUACAACACAGCCAUGGUCACAGGGCUUCGAGACUUCGCCAAGCUUCACAAGGACAGCUUUCAGCACCUCGUGGACGUGCAGCACGUCAUGAAGGCACGCACCAUCCGCCAGUUUGACGAUCGCAUCACACGCAUUGUCAGCAACUAUGAGACUGUUGACACGUACUACCGUCGCUGCGGCUCUGCCCAGUUCCUGCCCGAGGUGGCGGUGCCGCUGCUGGCUGUGAGCGCACUGGACGACCCCAUCUGCACCCGGGAGGCCAUUCCCUGGGACGAGGCCAAAGCCAACCCGAACGUGGUGCUGGCAGUGUCACACCACGGGGGGCAUCUGGCGUACCUGCAGGGGCUCACUGCCAGCAGUAUAUGGUGGGUGUCGUUCUGGUGUGCAUGGCGUGCUGUGCAUGUGGGGGAUGGGUCUGUGUGGUCGGGUGUUGGCAGUGUCACACCACGGGGGUCAUCUAGCGUACCUGCAGGGCCUCCCUGCCAGCAGCAUAUGGUGGGUGGUGUGCUGGUGUGCAUGGUGUGCAUGUGGGGAAGGUGGGUGCAGCUGUCAAUAGACUUCCCACAAACCGUGGUGGAUGCACGCAAGGCAAGCGGUGACAUGGGGCUCACACACAUAAGACCCUCCCCUCUCCUUCCUCCCCUUUUUGCCUUUCCUCCCCUUGUCGCCCUCAUUUCACUCCCUCCCAGGUGGGUGCAGGUAUCAAUAGACGUCCUACAAGCUGUGGAGGAUACAUGCAUGACAGGCGAUGAUAUGGAGUUCACACACGCAAGAGCCCCAUCUCUUCUUCCUCGUGUUGUUGCCAUCCCUCCCCCUGUCACCCUCCUUCCCCUUGCCCUCCAUUCCCCGCUCCACUCACCCCCAGACCCCUCCCCUCCCCCUCGCCCCCAUACUUCUUCUAAUCGACUCAAAACCAUCCCCCCAUAUCAGAACCCUUGCUGUUUUCUCCUUCUCAUUCUUUCCGAUCUGUGCCCUCUCCCCGCCACCCUUGUUUUGCCACCACAGGCCCCUCCUGUUCCCUCAACAACAACCAACCCCCCCCCUCAUCCCCACCCUCACUUCAUGGAACCCACCCCCUUCCUCACCUCCACGCCCUCCUUCCGCUCUGUCGCUGCUCUAGGCACCCUCCCUCCCCCCCCCUCCUCCUCCUCGCCUCUCUCCCCCUCCCAAACCUCCCUGGGCCGCCGCCGAACCCCUUCCUCCCUUGGGAACAUCUCGGAGGAGGAGGCUCGGGAGGGGAGGCUCGGCGCGCCGAGCCUGACGGGCAGGGGCGGGAAGCGUGGCGGGCCGAUUGGGGUGUUUAGCAUCGAAGGGGAGGAGGCAGAGGAGCGUGGAAAGGUUGAGAGUGGAGAGAGUGUGUGUGUGGAAGGAACAGGGAGGGCUGCUGGAGGGGAGAGGGGCGGAGGUGGGGGAAGAGAAGCAGAGAGGGGGGAAGGACGGGGGAAGGUUCAGUGGGUGGGAUCGUCUGGUGGUGGUCUAGUGGGGAAAGACGAAAGGGGGAGGGGAGAGGUGGGAGAGGGGGAGGGAGAAAGAGAGGAAGAGGAGGAGGAGGAGGAUGAGGAGGAGGGGAUGUGCACUGUAAGCAUGUCAGUGCUGGCAGGGACUAUAGACGGUAGAGAGUCUGUUAUUGACGAGGAUGAGGGGAAGGAGGGGGAGGUGGGGAGUGCAGUGGGAGAGGGGGGCGGCGAGGACGAGUGGGAGAUGGGGCCUGCAGGCGCCAUGUGUGGGGAGGACGACCUGGGGGAGGUGGUAUCUGGGACAGGGAAAACCGGGUCUACUAUCCUUCGGUUUGAGAGUGAGGAGCAGCUGAGAGUGGCAGCAGUGGUGGUGCGCGAACUCAUGAGCAAGAUUCAGCGGUGCCUCGAAUCAUCACCACCUGCUCUUCAAUCGCCCCUCUCCGCUCGGCGAUCCACGGUGCCCAUGCGUCAGCACAAGUCUGAGGACGCCGAUCCAGCAACAGCCACCCACCAGCACACCUCCAACCAGGAGCACCCAACGCACCUCCCACACCACCAACUGCACCUGCCCCACCACCCCCCCGCCUCCCCCUCGCAUGCACCCUCCACCGACCUCUUUGCAGCUGCAGCCUCCCCCGGGUGGGCAGGUGCAGCCUCCCCCAGGUGGCACCUGGCCUAUCUCGCCCUUGCUGUUGCCUGCCCGCUGGUUGCCAGCGCUGUCGCACUUCGGCUCUACCGCCGCCGAGCCGCAGCGGGAGGCUCGGGGAGCUUGGGUCUGGCUCGGCUGGCGUCGGCUUUGGCGAAACCAUAG